UCUAUCAAAUUAACUGUUACCGUUAAGGUAAAGUUUCUAAAUUCGCUUUCAGGCCAUCAGGUGGUGCUGUGUCCCCACGUCACCAUCACCUCCACCAGCUGCAGGGGGUUCCUGCACAAAAAGGGCUCGAAACUGAACGGCUGGUCCCGCAGGUGGUUCGUUUUCGACCGCAGCAAGCACACGCUCACGUAUUACUCAGACAAAAGCGAGAAGAAAACCAGGGGCGGCGCCUACUUUCAGGCAAUAGAAGAGGUCUACUUGGACCACUUGAACAGCAUCAAGUCUCCGAAUCCGCAGUUGACGUUCGUCGUCAAGACCCACGAGAGGUUCUAUUAUCUGAUGGCCCCGUCUCCGGAGUCCAUGAGGAUAUGGGUGGACGUAAUUUUCACAGGGGCGGAGGGCUACAGGGAGUUCGAUCACGGCACCUGAAGCACGCGAAGCGGCGACGGGGUAUUUCUUUUAGUACCGGAUCGAACGUUGUGAUAUCCGAAACCGGAUCAGUUUGGUUUCGAUCGUAUCGUUACCAUAGAGGAGCCCGGACUAUUUUUUGUAAUUUUACGGCAACCGUGUGCCUUAUCGAAUGUGUAGAGAGAUGAGGAUGCAGCUUUGGCGAUUAGAUAGUGAUGAAUUUUAUGUAUAUUUUUAUAAGGCUAUACCGGAUAUAUACACCACGCUUUUAUCGAAUUAUAAAACUUACACGAAUAAAUAAUAUUUUG